AUGGGUCAAUCAAGUGAAAGGAACAACCAAUCAUUUGUGACAGACUUCAUUCUGACAGGAUUUUCCAAUGACCAUGAUGCACAAAUUUUGCAUUUUGUAAUGUUUCUGCUCAUCUACUUAGCAGCAUUAAUGGGGAAUCUUCUCAUAAUUAUUGUUGUGAGCUUCAACCAUCACCUUCACACCCCCAUGCAUUUCUUUUUGGUCAACCUAUCAAUUUCAGACAUCUGCUACAUAUCAACAACCAUACCCAAAUCCAUAUCCACUGCAUUAACAAAUGAUCAAAGGAUUUCUUUUGCCGGGUGUCUUGUUCAGGUUUUCUUUGUUGCAGUUUGUGCAGGUUCUGAGCUUGCCUUGCUCACCAUCAUGGCUUAUGACCGAUAUGUGGCCAUCUGCCACCCUCUGCAAUAUUUUCUAAUCAUGAACAGAGGUGCAUGCAUCCAAAUGGCAGUGGUUUCAUGGCUAACCAACUUGAUCAGUGCAUUGUUGCAUACUUGUAUCAAUUUUAGUUUACAAUUUUGUGGGUCUAAUAUCAUUGGUCAGUAUUUCUGUGAUAUCCCUCAGUUACAAAAGAUUUCUUGCACAGAUACAGAAAUUAGCCAAAAUGUGAUUAUUAUCUCUGGGAUCAUUUUUGGCUCAUUUUGCACAGGGUUAAUCUUUGUUUCCUAUGGAUACAUUUUCUCUGUAGUGCUGACAAUUUCGUCAGUUCAUAGCAGAUACAAAGCUCUGUCUACCUGCAUUCCUCACUUGACUGUCUUUUCAUUAUUUCUGAUUACAGUACUCUUUUCAUACAUGAGGUCCAAAUCUCUUUCCUCUAGAACUAUGGACUUGCUCUCUGCAGUCUUGUACACAGUUUUGCCACCACUACUGAAUCCCAUCAUUUACAGCUUCCGGAACAAGGAUAUCCAGGAGGGUGUGUGUAAAAUUAUGAGGAUCUUUUGA